CGUCCGCAGUCAGAAGCAUCUGGACUCGAUGCGAACCGGAUUACUUCUUUUUAUUAUUCGCUCGUAUUUAUAUUAAAAAUUCCUGGUGAUCCGAUCUGAUUCUCUGAGAGAUCCGACGAGGAGUUCAAACUUUUUCUCUCUCUCUCUCCCUCAGCUGAAGGAAAACUGAUCUGGAGCUGGAAUUCCUGGAAAAUAUUUGGGAAUUUUUCACAACCAAAAAAAAAAAUAAUAACUUCAGGAGUUUCUUUUUUAAAAAAAAAAAAAUCUUCCAGCUCUGUGCAGGAUGGUCGUGGGAGCGCUGGAGUGAUCUUUGGGUUGGUCUGGAGGGGGUCUGCAGCGGGGCGGCGGUGUAUUUCAGGGUGCUGGUCUUUGGGGUGGGGGGGCAGAGGUGGGAGCUAAAUGCGGCUGACUGGCGACCCUGCACCGGGAACCAUGAACAGCAGCAGCGGGUCUGGGAACUUCCUGCUGGUCCCCAUACCGGAGUAUCCCCUGCUGGACUGUGUGCCCAACAAGACGGUGAAGAUCGUGGUUCUGGGAGCGAGCAACGUCGGGAAAACCGCUCUGAUCGUCAGGUUUCUGACUAAGAGGUUCAUCGGGGACUAUGAAGCAAACACUGGGGCGCUCUACUCCAGAAAGGUCACGCUGGAUGGGGAGGAAGUGUCGCUUCAGAUCCAGGAUACCCCCUGCGUCGCUCUCCAGGAUGAUGCAGACGGCCUGUACUGCCAGGAGCAGAUCAACAGGUCGAUCUACUGGGCGGACGGUUACGUGCUGGUGUUCUCCAUCACCGACCACAACAGCUACCGCACCAUCCAGCCGCUGUACCAACACGUCCGACGCAUCCACCCAUCUGGAAAUAUACCCGUCAUACUGGUUGGCAACAAGAGCGACCUCCUCAGAGCCCGACAAGUGCCGGCAGACGAAGGAGAGACGUUGGCAGCUUCGCUAGGAGGAGUUUACUUCGAGGCCUCGGCCAGAGAGAACCACGAGGGCGUCCACACCGCCUUCCUGCACCUCUGUCAGGAGGUGAUCCGGGCGUUCGGUGGAGGGAACGGGGAGAAGCGGCGAGGCGGCCUCCACCUGGCCCGGCCCAAAUCUCCCAACAUGCAGGAGCUGAAGAGGAGGUUCAGGCAGGUCCUCUCCUCCAAAGUCAAGUCGGCCACGACGCUCUGAUGGCAGGACGGGACCGGAAAAGUGUAGGAGGAGAUAAGAGCUCCCAUGGAAAUAAAAAAGAUUCUUCUGUGAUGGAGAGCUGGAGAAACAUGGCCUCGACAUCGAAGACUGAUGACUUUUAAUUGUGGGAAUUUAAGCCGUUAAUGUCCUGAAAAGGCACGUCUGACCAUUUCUGUGGUGAUCAAAGCAUUUUAAGAUCACAAGCAGUCGUCAUCUGACAGACGGAUAAAGAUCAAAUGGAGCUUUUCUGGCUCUUUAGCCUUUUCUCUGUUCUCUUGGAUGAAGCUCAUCGUCAACACGACCUCUUCCCAGGAAACGGGGAUGCUGCUCGAAGGGAAAUAUGUUAAAGACUUCCAAGCAAGCAGCUCAGAAACCUUCAGACAGCUCAGUUUUCUCAAGGCUGACAAAUGACGACAGAAGUGACUUUGAACAGUUGUUUCCAAAAAUCUUUUCCUAAAGAAAUGAUGUCUUAUUUUGCCCCCUAGCUGUUACAGUCGCCUCUGUUUUGGUGUUAAUUGAGAUUUAUUUUCAUCUUUUGCAACUAAAUGGAGCUCAAGUCACUCAUUUUUGUUCAUUUGGUUCAAGGUUGUGAGACCGAAGCCAGAUGUUAACUCUGCUGAUGCCAAAUAAAAAGAGGUGUGAGUGUCCGUCCUGUCGGCUGCAGACUCAGAGUCUUAUUAAGAAAGUGGUCUGACCCAAAACAGGAAAUGACCCCAGAAAUGCAGACGUUCAAGGUUUGAAGCUCAGACAAAUGCUGACAUUUGACUGCAGGAAGGGAAGAAAAAACAAAGCAAGGACAAACUCCUGAUGUAUACGGAAGACGAGGGCUGCCGAUAAUAAAAUGCAAUCAUGUAAACAAAA